CCUCCCGUGUCGCGGGCGAUUGUUGUUUUUGUUUUCGAAGUGAGCGGGUGUGUUUCGCGGUCGACAAAGUUGAUCUGUAUCUUAGAAGCAGCCCAAAUAACAUAAUACUGCCACACACCACCACCCUAAAAAGUCGUCUUCGUCGUAGUUGUCGUCGUUUCUCGUGAGAAGUGCCGUUGGAAACAAAAAAACAAAAAAAAAGAAACAAAAUAGGAAAAUGUUUUUGACUUGCCGUGGGCUGAGUGCAGCAGCACUUUUGCUACUCCUAAGCUGUUUAUCUUAUGCAGCUGGUGCCGAAUUGGCAGACAAAUUGCGCGAUGAUUCGGAACUUUCACAGUUCUAUAGUCUCUUGGAACAGAACCCUGUGGCCAAUUCAACGCUAGCACUACGCUCCUGCACAAUCUUUGUGCCCACCAAUGAAGCCUUCCAGCGUCACACAGGGACUACCCAUGUCCUCUAUCACAUUACUACCGCGGCAUUCAAUAAAGAUCAACUGCCAAACAGUGUGUCAUCCGAUAUGGAAGGCAAUCCGCCGCUGUUUAUCACCAAGAAUCGUAAUGGUGACAUCUUUGUGAACAAUGCACGUAUAAUUCCCUCCCUCAGUGUGGAGCUGACCAAUCGCGAGGGCAAACGUCAGGUUAUGCACAUCAUUGACGAAGUGCUAGAUCCACUUACUACGCUGUCAACUGCCCAGGUUCAAAUCACCAAUCCGGAUGCCCUUGAAUUUAUGCAGAAAGCCGAUUUGCUCAAUAUAGGUGAAAGCCGUUUGCGCACCUAUCGUAACCAGGUGCUGAUGGCCAAAAAGGAAUCGUUAUUCCAAGCCGCUGGCGCUCACACCUUCUUGAUACCAAUCGAUGAUGGCUUUAAGGUUGCCACUCGCAGCAGUCUGGUGGAUGCCAAGGUUAUUGAUGGUCAUGUUAUACCAAACACUGUCAUCUUCACUGCCGCCUCGCGACACGAUGAUCCCAAGACAUCGGCCGCCUUUGAGGAUUUGCUUAAGGUUACCGUUAGCUUUUUUAAGCAAAAGGAUGGCAAAAUGUAUUUCAAGUCGAAUACUCUUGUUGGCGAUGCCAAGCAUGCAGAGGGUGUUGUCUUGGCCGAAAUUGUAAAGGCCAAUAUUCCAGUUAAGAACGGUGUAGUCCAUUUGAUUCAACGUCCCCUGAUGAUCAUCGAUUCAACAGUCACACAAUUUCUACAGUCGUUCAAGUUUAUAAACGAGGAUUCGAAGAAUGGAGCUUUGCGAAAAUUCUAUGAGGCUAUCAUGGACAAUGGCGGUGCCGUGCUCGAUGAUAUCAACAAUCUGUCUGAGGUUACCAUUCUGGCACCGAGCAAUGAGGCCUGGAAUGCCACAUCCAUCAACAAUAUUCUUAGAGAUCGCAAGAAGAUGAUUGAGAUUUUGAAUAUGCACAUCAUUAAGGAUCGUUUGAAUGUCGAAAAAAUUAGGCAAAAGAAUGCCAAUUUGAUUGCUCAAGUGCCCACUCUCAAUAAUCAUACGUUCCUAUACUUCAAUGUCCAAGGUGAGGGCGCCGAUGCCCACAUAACUGUUGAGGGCGGUGGUGUUAAUGCCACAGUUGUCCAGCCAGAUGUUGCCCAGACAAAUGGUUUCGUGCAUAUUAUUGAUCGUGUUUUGGGAGUACCCCAUACAACAGUGUUGGGAAAAUUAGAAUCUGAUCCAAUGAUGAGUGACACCUACAAAAUGGGUCAGUUUUCCAACUUUAACGAUCAGCUGAACAACACCCAGCGUCGUUUCACCUACUUUGUGCCCCGUGAUAAGGGCUGGCAGAAGACCGAAUUGGAUUCCCCUUCGGCACACAAGAAGCUUUUCAUGCGUGACUUUGCCUAUCACUCAAAGGCGAUCUUAGAGCGUCAUUUGGCCAUUGCGGAUCGCGUGUUCACCAUGUCGGAUCUGGUUAAAAUGUCACAACAAACGGACAAUGUUGUUCUACCCACUUUCCGUGAUUCUCUACAGAUUAGGGUCGAUGAGGAGGCCGGACAUCUACAUGAUGAGUAUGCUAGUCACGAAUGGACUGGCUAUGUGAUCACAUGGAACUAUAAGAAGAUCAAUGUGUAUAGGCCCGAUGUUGAAUGCACCAAUGGCAUCAUUCAUGUCAUCGAUUAUCCAUUGCUGGAGGAGAAAGAUGUGGUUGUGAGCGGAGGUUAGACAUUUUAACUACCGCGAGACAAACAGACAAUUAUUAUGUAAUACAUAUUAAAAAACACUCUAUACAACAAGAACAAGAACUACACCAAACAACCAAGCAACCAACAACAACAACCAUCCACAUAUUUGAAUCGUAGCCAGACUCUGUUAAGUUGACGCAGUUGCUUCGUACAGUACCAGUGGCUGUCCUUCCCCCCACUCCUCAUCAGACCCACAGAUAAAACUACACACAUACUAUCUUUAGUAGGCAGCGAAGAUUAGUUGAGUUUGUAGUAGCGCGCUAUACAAGAGUAUAAAAAACAGAUUGAAUGCAAUAUAAAAACGCUAAAAAUGCACGUAAGCUUUAAGAAAUUGUUCGGAAUACAGAGAUAAAAAUGUUGUUGAAGGACGACAGGACGUCAAGGAUUUGUGUAUGGUAUGGCGGCAGCCAGUAUCUAGUAUAUAUUAUAUAUGAAUGUAAAAGGAAUUAUGUAUGUAAAGAGCAUUGUAUUUGUAUGUCGUAGUCAGUAGUUGCACGUUAAGCACCAAGAUCGAGUUCAGGGCUCCUUUCAUUCCCAUUGAGGAGACUUAUGAACUUGUAUGUUUGUGUGCGGUAUGUGUAACUAGUGCCUUACUAAAGAUAAACGCAUUACCUUAACCUUUAUACAAAUUUACUCGUAAUAAAUGAAUUAUUACCUAUUAUAAACUAUAACAAUAAAAAACCAAAUCACUAACGUAAAGUGCAAAUGGCGGAUGUUUAUCAGAAACGCUUCAGUUGCUGGCAUAGAAUUGUGAACUGCAUACAAUACCGAAAGACAAGUAAACAUUAAAGACAUAUAAAACAAAAACAAUACAAGAGAAUAUAUUUAUAAAGCCUCAUAUAUAAGUAUUCAAGCCAAUCACAGAUCGAAAAUCCAUAUUUGUAGUUUCCUGCUUCAAAAACAAAACACAAAAAGAAACAAAAUAUCUCUAUAAUAAUAUAAUGAAAAAGGAACCACAUUUGAGCUACAUGCUAUUUACACUUACAUCCAACACACACACACAAACAGAAAAAGA